GAACCAUAGGAAAUUGGCAAUUAGCGGGAUUCCUUCCUUCCGGUUGGUUUCUGUCUCUUGUCAUCGUCACUAACUAGUCUGCUCCUCCUCCUCCGUACGCAUUGUCCCAACGAUUCCGUCCGUAUUAACACCUCCAUAACUCCAAAAGCAACAAGCGAAAGCAGCUACCUUGGAGCCGCAGACACACAGAGGAUUGAAUUUGAUUCGAGGAGAAGAAAACAAGUCAUCAAUUCUUCCAGUUCAGUCAUAAGCAAGGAACUGUUGGCCAUGAGUGGUCCGCCUAAACGACCUCACGAAGAGAGUGGUCAUUCCUCCUCUUCCAAAUACCCGCAUCCUCACCCGCACCCACAACCACAUGACGAUUCCGGACCAUACCCCAAGCUCUCAUCCUCUGUUUCCAAUGAAUACCAUCCUCCCUUUGACAUUGGCCCCGAUGCUCGCUUGCCCAAGAUUCCCCGCACCGAUUCUCGCGACCCUGAUAGGCGAUCUCCCCUCCACUCAAUCUAUCGAAUGCCCUCGAAUUCUAGUGAUAUGCACAUAGAUCAUCCUUCGGCUCCCGACAAUAGAUUGGAGUCCAGGGACACUAGAGAUGUUCGCUUUGAGAACCGAGACACAAAGACAGAGGCAAGAGAGUUGUACAACGAUGCAAGAAGGGAUGCUCAGAGUUCUAAGGGUGAAAAAGAGGUAAGGUAUGACAGCAGAGGAGAUGACAACAAGGAAGUCAAAUAUGAAAGGCAGAAUUUUAACGAUCUUAAGGCUGACCCCAAAAUGGAAGGUUAUGCACUGGCCACUAGUCACUUGAACUGGAAAGAAUCAAAAGAUUACCAUAGAGGAAAACGACAUUCCGAUGCCCCACCCGCAACUACAGACACCUGGCAUCGCGGCAGUUCUCAAGGCCACGUUGAAGUUGGAAAGGAACUUCCCACUACGGAGGAGCGGGAUCAUGUUGAGGCACAUGAGGCUGUUGGGGAGAACAAGUUUGAUUCUAAAGGUGAUGAUAAAUUCAAAGAAAAGGAUAGAAAAAGGAAAGAUGCAAAGCACCGGGAUUGGGGUGAAAAGGAUAAGGAAAGAAGUGAUCGUAGGACUAGUAUUCAAGUAGCUAUCAGCAGUGAGGGCAAAGAACCAGCAAAGGAAGAAAGAGAUGCAGAGAGGUCGGAGAGGGAGAGGAGGGACACUGGAAAAGACAAAGAAAGAGUAAGAGAGCGGGAAAGGGAUCAUACCAAGAGAGACCCAUGGAAUGGAGUAGACAAAGAUGGUUCGAAUAAUGAGAAGGAAGCUGGUGAUGGAUCUAUUAGAAUGUCAGAGCAGGAUAAUCUUCCGCCAGAGCAAAAGAAACAGAAAGAUUUUGACAGUUGGAGAACUGUCGAUAGGGAAUCUAGAGACAGGAGGAAAGAAAGAGAUGUUGAUGUUGAAGGAGAUAGAGCUGAAAAGCACCGUAGGGGAUAUGACAAAGAAUCAGAUGAUGGAUGUGCAGAUGGUGAAGGGGCCACAGACAGAGAAAGGGAAGUCUAUAAUCAUGGAGUUCAGCGUAAAAGGAUGCAACGGUCAAGGGGUAGCCCUCUGGUGGCAAACCAUGAUCUGCGUUUUAGGUCUCGCAUUCAAGACAAUGAAGGAUCCCAAGGUGUGCUCUUGUAUUCCAAUUUCUGGCAACAAGAAAUUUUUCUUGGUAAAAGUGAAGUAUCACCUGUUGUUUAUAAAGUUGGCGAAUGCAUGCAAGAACUGAUAAAAGUUUGGAAGGAAUAUGAAGCAUCUCCAGGUGAAAAAAAUGGUGAAAGUUCUCUUACUGGUCCAACCCUUGAGAUUCGGAUUCCAGCUGAACAUGUUACCGCAACAAAUCGCCAAGUUAGAGGUGGCCAGCUAUGGGGGACAGAUAUAUACACAGAUGAUUCUGAUCUCGUUGCUGUUCUCAUGCACACUGGAUAUUGCCGGCCCACAGCAUCUCCUCCGCCUCCUGCUAUCCAGGAGUUGCGUGCUACAGUUCGAGUACUACCUCCACAAGACUGUUACAUUUCCUCACUGAGAAACAAUGUUCGAUCGCGUGCGUGGGGAGCUGCAAUUGGUUGUAGUUUCCGUGUUGAGCGCUGUUGCAUCGUCAAGAAAGCGGGUGGAACCAUUGAUCUUGAAGCUUGUCUUACACAUACUUCUACGGUGGAGCCUACCCUUGCUCCAGUGAUUGUGGAGCGCUCAAUGACUACAAGGGCUGCAGCUUCGAAUGCAUUGCGACAACAGAGAUUUGUACGAGAAGUUACAAUACAGUACAACCUCUGCAAUGAGCCUUGGAUUAAGUAUAGUAUAAGCAUUGUUGCUGACAAGGGUUUGAAGAAAACCCUGUAUACUUCUGCGCGUCUGAAGAAGGGAGAAGUUCUUUACUUAGAAACACAUUCACGCAGGUAUGAGCUCUGUUUUACCGGAGAGAAAAUGAUCAAAGCUGCGCAGCUGUCUCAGAUGCAUGAAGGCGAGACAGAGAAGAGUCAAAAGCAUGUCUCACAUUCCACCAAUGGUGAAAGAAAUGAUUCUGAUAACAUCAUGGUUGAUGUCUUCCGUUGGUCUCUAUGUAAAACGCCUCUUCCCCAGAAGGUCCUGCGGUCAGUUGGGAUCCCACUUCCCCUUGACUAUGUGGAGGUGUUGGAGGAGAAUCUUGACUGGGAGGAUGUGCAGUGGUCGCAGACGGGUGUUUGGAUUGCUGGGAAAGAGUACACACUUGCUCGGGUGCAUUUUCUGUCGACAAAUUAACCAAAUGUAAUGCGGCUCGUUUUCUGAAUUUGUUUGUACAAGGAAGGGUGUUUCUGGACAUGUUUUUUCUUGCUGUUCUGAUUUUAUUCCUGAAUUUAUGUGUGUGGGGUUCGGUAGUGUAUGUUUUACUUAAAUCGUGAGGGGUUUACAAUUAUACAAUAAUAAACCAUAUACUAUUUGUUUUAAA